UUAGAAACAUAAAAAUUCAGUCAUCAAGACUACACGCAAGUGUGCGUAGCAGUUCUUAAGUUGUAUCUUUAUUUUUGUGAAACUAGGUAUAUCACUAUAAAGCGUUUUGAGUAAAUGUAAAAUAAGGAGUUUACAGUUUUUGCGUCUAUAGAUAACAAAUUGUUUUCUAUAGAAUUAAUGAUUUUCUGCUCGACUUCAAUUAUAUUUCUCAGUUAAUAAUGAACAUAUAUUGAAAUGUACUUUAGGUGGAUAGUGUUUCAUUGACUGGAAUCUAAUGAAGUCAAUUCUGUGAUAUACUUGAUUAUUUUUAUAAAAGAAGAAAAUGUUUAACAAAUGGACGGUGAUACGUUAUUGAAAAGAAAAGUGGAGUGAAGUAUUUUGUUUUGAGUUUUUAAAAUGAAGCGAUAAUUUAAAAGUUCACAAAUUGAACAGUUUUGUAUUGAAAGAUGGAUAAACAUUAUUCCCAAACAUCUCGAACGAGCACGAUGAGUACUAGGGACCAUAUAUUCAUAACUCCUGCUGUUUUAUCAGGAUUAAGUGACAGUCCAUUGCUUGGAGUAAAAAGAGUUGACAUUAGUUUUGUUCAGAAAGAUACUAAACGUUUGGGACCUAUCAAGAAGAUUAUAAAACAGAGAGUUAAACCUAUUACGGAAGAAUCUCUUUCAGAUCACAGGACGAUGGGAAGUGAAAGUGAUGGCUAUGAUUUUUGUGAUGAUGCAAUAGAAAAAGUAGCUAAGGCUAACUCAGUUCGUUUGGAAACUACACAGAUUUUACCGGAAGUGUCAGCUUCUACUUGUGCUUUUCAUACAAAAUCAGACAGAUUAAAGAACGAAUUGUUGUAUAUGUCAAAUCACCAUGCGGGACAUUUACCACAAAAACGUUUGAGACCUAAAGCUGUGUCUAAUAUACCAAUAAAUCCUCGAAAACGAAUUCCAAAAAUACCAUCAGGAAUGGAUAUAAGACAAUUGGAAAGAGACAUUGAAAAAUAUCCCAAGUUUCCGUCAGCCUUGCCUGGGCACAUGCCGUCAAAAGAGUUUGUAAUGACAUGGUUAUUACAUGGGUCAGAACCUGAACACCACUUUCCCGAACUAACUACUCCAAGAGAUAAAAAACCGUCCAAAUUAAAACAACACAAAUUAGGUGCUUAUAGAAAUACGUUCGUUAGUGAAUGAUAUAUGUAUAUCAGAACUACAUAUAUAUGUAUAUUUAAUUGAGCUAGAUGCAACGAAAUUAAUAUUGUCGUCAACAAUGGAAAAGAAAAGAGUUUAAAGGUUUCGUCUCAUUGAAACCUUGUCGUUAUCUAGUAUACGAACAAUCGGAAUCAAAUGUGUAAGCUUCAUCGGAAUCAAACGUGCACACAUUGCUUCAUCUGUGCAUGGAAAUUAUAAUUGUUGUUCGAAUCAACUGUGUACUCAAUACUGAUUCGUUUGCAUUAUUGUAAACAAUAUACAUAUGUAUUAUUGCAAACAUGUGCAAUCAGUUAUUUUCAUUAUGUCUGAUUAAUAUACUUUUAGAAUAAGAAUCGGUGAAUGUCCUCAACCGUCAUUUGCCAAACACCUAAUUACGAAUUAGUUAUGAAUCUUCUGGGCAUAUAGGAAAACAAAGUAAUUUGCCGAAGUUUAGAAUGAAUCUUUAUGACACCAUUGCAAU